AUGCUCGAAGAUGACUGUGAGGUGUCAAGAUUUUUCUUCCGAUAUCUGCUACUCGUUUUGGAAAAAUUUGACAUCCCAAAUAAACUGACCGCUAAUCCAGCGGACUUUUUCACAUCUGACCUUGAGAACUUGGUAGGGAUUUCGUUGUAUGCUCCGAUUUUGAACGAACUUGUAAGUCCUACUCGGAACUGGAGUAGCGCCUCGAUAUUCAAUAGCUCAUAUGGAUCGCCAUCAUCGUCUGCCGAAUUUUCUUCUACCUUUGGGUUAAGGGUUCGCUCGGCAUCUUCAUGUUUGAACACAUUGUUACCAUGCCCUGCUUUAUAUCGGUUCCAACUUCCCUGUUCGUGGGGUGCAUUGUAUUUCCCUUGGUGGUGGAUUCGUCUUCAAAGAUACUAUCGCUAUAGAACAUCUAAAGCAAACAUGCAUCUCGAUGUCUCCUAUCUUGUCCCUAACUCUUAUUCCAAUUUUUGGUCCAAAUCUUGGAAAAAGUGGGCAUAA